UCCUCGAGUCGAGCGCAACUGAGACGCCACUCCAUAGAAGAAGCACGAUGAAGUCGCCGGCGGAGGAUAGCGGCCCAAUGGGCUGUCGACUGGAGACGGCAGGCCCCGGCCCCAGCGCUCGCAGGAAACUUGACGUCACGCACCUCAUUCUCAGGCUGGCCUGCCUCGCCACGUCCGUGACUGCGGUUUCUGUAAUGGCCACCGCAGAGGAAUCCGGCACCAUCACCGUCGCCGGAUUUAACCUUCCUAUCUACUCCAAGUGGUCUUUCUCCGAUUCCUUUGAGUAUCUUGUCGGAGUCUCUGCCGCCGCCGCCGCUCACUCUCUGCUUCAAUUGCUUGUUGCCAUCUCCAGGCCGCUGCGCGGCUCUUCGGCAGUUCCUUCUCGAAAUCGCGCGUGGCUCAUUUUCGCUGGGGAUCAGGCACUUGCAUACGCGAUGAUCGCCGCAGGAUCGGCAUCAUCGGGCGUGACGAAACUGAACCACGCCGGAGUCAGGCACUCGGCUAUGCCCAAUUUCUGCAAGCCCUUGCGGAGCUUCUGCGACCGCGUUGCUAUUUCGAUAGCCUUCACUUUUCUCAGCUCUUUAUUCCUCGCAGCCUCGGCUCUGGUCGAUGUAAUCUGGCUCUCAAAGUACUGAGUCGCCUUGAAUCCAUGGUCGUUCGACGAUAUGCCUCAAUGAAUAUUAGUAUAUGCUUCUUACAUGGAUGCCAUUAGCUUCCUCUCUGCUAUAUGAAUGUAUGCAUCAAAAUGGUUAACGUUGUUAUAAUUAAAUAUCAAGUGGGGGUACUUCUUUGUUA